AUGCCGAGUAAAAAAUGUAACCACGGAAAGAAAAAAUAUGCGGGAAAAAUAAAAAUAGGAGGAUGUAAAUCAGAUAGAGCAAAAACUAUUGAAAGGUGUUGCGAAGGUUGUAGACUAACCCUAGAAAAAAGGAAAGAUUCAACCGAACGUACCUUAAAAAACGAGCAAUUAGAAAAAGAUGCCACAAUUAAUAGAAUACAGGAAAAUUAUCAAUCAAUAUCCACUGAGAAAAAAUUAUUAGUAAGUUUGGCUCAGGAAUACAAACAAGUCCAAGAACAGAAAGAGAGAGAUGCUAUUCCAGAGUGUAAAAAUUGUGGUUUUCGCCGACAACAACCAACUACUUUUCCAACUGGCUAUAAACCAAACAACACCCUAACCCAAAACAAAAACCAAAUAAAACAAGAAUACAAUUUAAGUUCAGAAGAAUUCAAUCUA